GACGCGUCCAAUAUCAGGGUGCUGCGGCGAGACGGUAAGUCCGGAAAGCCGUGUUGUCGGAGAUGUGCAGCUCGUCACGCGUGGCGCGAGUAGGCUCGUGCGCCGUACGAGUGUGGAGGGCGCCGUGUAAGGCGGGCUCGGUGGCGCCGUGUUUCAGGACCUUCCGCCAUGUCGGCAGCUGCUGAGGUUCAGAGGACGGCGGCCGUGGACCUGGGCGCCCUGCUGGACGCGGGCGAGGGCGCGGUCGUCACACUGGUGGCGGGAGAGACGCGGCUGGCGGCGCACCGCGCGGUCCUGGCCGCCAGGAGCCCCGUGUUCCGAGCUAUGUUCCAGCACGAUACGCUGGAGGCCAGCUGCGGCGAGGUCAGAAUCGCGGGUGUGGAGGGCCCGGUGCUGAGGCAGCUGCUGUCUUACAUGUACACUCUGCAGGCACCCCACACGACCGACACGGCCCCGGAGCUGUUGACGGCAGCCGACAGAUAUGGCCUGUCUGCCCUGAAGGCUGCCUGCGAACAGCAGGUGGCGGCGCAGCUGGAGGUGGAGACGGCAGCGGCUGCAGCUGUGCUGGCGGUGAGGCACUCAUGCCCCAGCCUAAGUGCGGCCGCCGUCCACUUCAUAAGGGCCCACGAAUAUAAAGUAAUGGCGACGCAGGGCUGGGCAGAUGCUGUGCUCGAGUACCCAAAAGACAUCGUUGAAGUCAGUCGGCUGCUUGGUGAGCCACCAGCAGAAGCCAGCGCGGGCCGUGGCUCCAGCAGUCCCAGCAAUGCCGCUCGGCGACCCCGGCCGCUCUCCUGCCGCGGCUGCCCGCCACACUCCGCCUCCUCCUGACGACGCGGCCG